AUGACCGUGGGGGAAUACCUAAGAAAAAUAGAACCCGAACAAGUGUCACAAAUAGUGGAUGGAAUCUUCAAAAACUAUGAUAAACUCAAAAGACCGUACUACAGAGUAAAGCCAGUGGAAAUAGCAAUAUAUAUGGGGAUAGAAGCAAUCAGCCACAUAUCAGAAGAAAACAUGGAGUUUGGGGCCACUGUGUACUUCACACAAUACUGGAAGGAUCCUCGCGUUGCCUUUGACAAAGACAAUAAUGGUUCUUUUCUCAUCCUCCGUGGUGAACACCUAAACAAGCUAUGGCUACCUGAUACCUACAUCAUUAACGCUAGAAAACUCUCUGUUGAAACCGCUACUUAUUCAGCAGAAGUCUUUGGGAACGGAGAUAUAACAUAUUCGUACAGGAUGUCAGUCACUGCUUUGGCGAAAAUGAAUUUCGCAAACUACCCAAUGGAUAACCAGAUACUAAAAAUAGAUAUCAGUAGCUAUAGCUACUUGGCUGAGCAGCUGACUCUGAAGUGGAAGAAAGGCUCGAUGGUUUACAACGAAAUGGCAGGUUAUGUGGUGAAGAGUGAAAAUGAAACCAAGCAAAUUAUAGGUAGACGCUGCGAUUUGUCGGACCGAUUCUUCGCCAGAAUUUAUCGAGAAGCAAAUCAUUCGUUUUGA